CACGCUGUACCGCUCAGAGUAUACACACAGCCAGGCAGAGGGAGCACCGCAGACACACGCUGCUGCUGUCUGACGAGAAAAGUUAAGAGCGCCUUUCAUUCGCGGGCUCAAUACAAGUGUGGAUACUUUGCUCAAAGCCUUGUGAACUGUUACAACUCAGCACUGAGCAAUCGACCGUCGCUGGCUGAAAAGAAGUAAGUCCUGAUUCCUGUGUCAACAAAGUGCGCACUCAAAGUUUGGAAGUUUUUACGCACAGAGAGAGGACGUUUGGAAACCAGUGUUUUUUUUUCUUUUCUUUUCUUCUCGACUGAUAAAGCAGGAAGAAGCGAACAGGGGGGACGAAGAGUUGUUUUGUAGCCUAGAAGACUUUAUAGUGCAUUGUUUUCGGGUUCUCUUCUAUGUAUACCAAGAUGGAAACUACUUUCUAUGACGACUCACUCAACGCUUUCUCCCAGCACGACAACGCCGGCUACGGGUACAGCAACCCCAAAGCGCUGAAACACAACAUGACACUGAACCUCUCCGACCCGACGGGCACUCUGAAACCUCACCUCCGGCCCAAAGCCGGAGACAUCCUCACCUCUCCUGAUGUGGGCUUGCUGAAGCUGGCCUCCCCGGAGCUGGAGCGGCUCAUCAUCCAGUCCAGCAACGGACUCAUCACCACCACCCCGACCCCGACCCAGUUCCUGUGCCCCAAGAAUGUCACCGACGAGCAGGAGGGCUUCGCAGAGGGGUUUGUCCGAGCCCUGGCCGAGCUGCACCACCAACACAUGCCGGGCACAGCCAAUGUGAGUGUCACCUCAGCUGCCCAGACCAGUGUCAACACUGCCCUGCCUCCGGUCUCAUCUGUUGCCGGUGCCACCGUUUACAACAACAACGCCGCCAUGCGCUCCGACUCGCCGGUGUAUGAGGACUUGAACACUUUCAACCCGGCCAUCAGCACCGUCUCUGCGCCCAACUACACCACCUCAGCCCCGACUAUGUCCUUCCCUGCUGCCCCGCCUCAGCUUCCCAUCUACGGGCAGCCAUCCUCCGCUCAGAUCCCCCGGCUCGCGGCGCUCAAAGAGGAGCCCCAAACGGUGCCCGAGAUGCCGGGGGAGACCCCUCCUCUCUCCCCAAUCGACAUGGAGAGCCAGGAGCGCAUCAAGGCUGAGAGAAAGCGGAUGAGGAACCGCAUCGCUGCCUCCAAAUGCCGGAAGAGGAAGCUGGAGCGCAUCUCAAGGCUGGAGGACAAAGUGAAGAACCUCAAGUCCCAGAACUCGGAGCUCGCGUCCACCGCCAACAUGCUGCGAGAGCAGGUGGCCCAGCUGAAGCAGAAGGUGAUGAACCACGUCAACAGCGGGUGCCAGCUCAUGUUAACGCAGCAGCUCCAGACCUUCUGAGGUGGUGUCAGCGGCGGCGGAGAGAGAGAAAAAGACUGUAGUUGAACGAAACGGACGCAUCCUGUGAUAGUGAGUGGCUGUAUCUCCCGAAAUCGUGACGGGAUUUGGGAUGAUGUGGCGCGACACUGCCAGGACCGGGGACCGCGCUAAAAGUUGCUGAGUGCCAUGCGCUCCCCCAUUGGCGCGUCCCAGAGAGGGGCUCGGGACAGUGACAGUAGCCAUGAACCAGAAGGGGAUAUGGCAACAAGCAGGAUACCCUUCUGUCUCUGUUUCGUGCUGUUUUUUUUUACAGAACUGGACAGGACUGAAGUUUUCUUGAUUUACUCCCAGCUCUGCAUGGACCUUAUCAUGACCAUCAAAGGGGAAAUUCAGUAUUAGAGGAUUUAAGAACCUGCAAUAGAGACUUUUCUUGCUGUAGCCAUAAUGGCCUCAAACUUGGUUGUGUUGGCCAACUCUAAACGGCUGAAAAGUUGUAACUAAAGCUGCCUGACUUCUGAGUUACAGUACAAUGUACUUUUUUCUUAAUUGUAAGAAAUUAAGUUAGAAAAGCUUCAAGAUUUACUUGUUUUUUUCUAAAGUUGUUUAAUGGGGUUUCACUCAUUGUUAUAUGUAUAUAAGAUCAACUUGGAGUACUUAUGUUUACCAUUUGUAAUAAGAAUACUGUAUAAUUUUUUUAUGUUUUGUCUUCUGAGCACUUCAGAAACUAAUCGAUAUUUAAGAAAAUAAACCAGAUAAAAUGUA